CUGAUUUGCAGCAAAAGAAAUGAAACUUAAUUUUCUCUUUCCUUAUCCCGGCGGAGGCGGCGGCGAUGGCGGCCGAAGGCCCUAUGCAGGAUUUGGUGGAAGAAGCCACCUGCCCCAUUUGCCUGGACUUUUUCCAGGACCCUGUGCUCAUCCCGCGGUGCGGCCACAACUUCUGCCGGGUCUGCCUGACCCGCUGUUGGGGGUCGUCGGAAUCGGAGGCUUCCUGCCCCCAGUGCAGACAGACCUUCGUCCCCUGCAGCGUCCUCUCCAACAGGCAGCUGGAGCGGAUGGCUGAAAUAGCCGGGCGAUUCGGCGGCCAUCCGGGGGAGGAAGGUGGGAGCUUCUGCCCGAAGCACCGGGAGCCCCUCAAGCUCUUUUGUAAGGACCACGAGACCCUCAUCUGCGUGGUCUGCGACCGAUCCAAAGAGCACAGGGGCCACUCGGUGAUCCCUGCGGAGGCGGCUUUCCCGGAAUACCAGAGGAAGGUGGAGGAUUGCCUGAAGGCUCGGAAGGAGCAGAAAGAAAGAAUAGCUACAUACAAAAGAGACACAGAGGAAAAAGUGCAGGAGAUGCUUGAACUCAUCAAAAAAGAGAGAGAAAAUGUAGUGGCUGAAUUCAGAGAGCUACAACUCUGGUUAGAAGGACAGGAGAAGCUUCUAUUGACUAGAAUGGAAGAAACGGAGAAGGAUAUUAUGGCAAGAAAGGAGGAGGGUUUCGCCAAGCACAUGGAGGAACUCUGCUCUCUUGACCAUCUCAUCCAGGAGAUAGAAGAGAAGCUUCAGCAGCCAGCCAGCAAACUCUUACAGGAAAUGCUUUGUCUCUUUAUUUUUCAGGACAUUGGAGGCAUCUUGAAGAAGUACCAGGCUAAGGAAACAUGUGAGAAUCCACAGGAUUUACUUCUAGAGCCAAAGUGGACAAUCUGGGAUUACAGUGAUAUCACUGUGCUUCUGAAAGGUGUCAUGAAAAAAUUCAGAGAUACUCUGAAAAGUGGAUUUCAACUACACAAAGUGAAUGUAACUCUGGAUCCAGAAACAGCCAAUCAUGCCGGCUUUGAUGUCUCCGAAGAUCAAAAAAGUGUCAGAAGAAUUAGGCCAGAUGAAGGAAAAUAUAUUUUCUCAGAUUUUUAUGUCCUUGGCUGUCAGACGUUCUCAACAGGGAGACAUUUCUGGGAAGUAAUUGUAGGAGAUGAAACAGAAUGGGAUAUAGGGGUUAUUAAGAAGACACUGAACUUUACAAAUGUUGAUGAGCAGACCAGGCGGUGGAUGUUUGGAAAAUUCGUAUGGGGAUACUGGGCCUUCUCUAAAUUAGAAUACUUUGAUUGGUACUUGGAUGAGAAGCCCAAGAGGAUCCGCGUCUCUCUCAACUGCGAAGGGGGACAAGUGAGCUUCUUUGAUGCCAGCACAGGAACUCUGCUCCAUACAUUCUCAGAUGCUUCCUUGGUUGGGGAGACCCUUCGGCCCUGUUUCUGUUUGUACGAAGGUGCCUGCCUGAUGCUCCCCUAAAAGAAGGGAGAACCAUAAGCAAAACCUUGGAAAAAUCCCUAUUUGCCAAGUGGUGGUCUCUGAAAGCCUUUAAAACAGAGAUUCCUCAGCUUUUUGCUACUUCAGCUUCCUUUAUUCUUCUAUGCCGCCCUGAUCAGUCAAUUAGUCUAUAAAGGAAUAACCUGACCAUCAUUUCUAUUUCUCUGGAUAAAAAAAACACAAGGUGUCCUAGGAGAUUUGUAGGCGUUAGCAUCAUGUGUUCAGGUGUUUCAGCAUUAAAGGUACCUUAGAGCUAAGCCUGUUAAUCAUGAUUUUAUAUGUCUGUCACAGAUCUCCAUCCCAUUUAUGGAUCAUGUUUGUUUCUUUAACGUUAAUUUCAAUCAAUGAUUUUGUACGUUCCCAUAACUCAGGAUAUUCUGUAAUCUUUCCCUUUUUUUCUUCUCCCCUUUGACACAUAAUUAUCAUAAUCCAAUAAACCAUUUUAGGGCUUCAGCAAAUAUUAUACCUAAUAUAAGCUUUAAUAGCUUCACAGGAUUGUUGUUUUUAAAUAAAUCCUAGUAUUUUU